AUCACUGACUUAAAUUGUCGCCUCGCAUGCCCCAAUGCAUUCAGGCGUACACAAACGAUCUUUGUUUGCCAUUUCUGAAGCUUAAGAAAUAUAUACUACUUCAGUCUUGAGUUAUCUUCGUUGCGACACAUUCAGGCGGAACUGUGUUUAAAUAUGGAGGAGAAGACUCGAUCGAACCCGUUUUCGAUUUCCAACAUUUUGAACAACGGCAGUUCAAGGGAAAGUCACGGGAGGAAAGAGUUGGAAACAUCGAAUGAUGCGGGAGGAACUUAUGACAGACAGCGCGCUGAACAUACGAAUAAAGAAGGUUGCGAAAUCCACCGGCCUGAUUCAAGCCCUUCGCAUCUGAAUAGAAGACUAGAGUAUGACUUUGAUGACUGGAGCAGAGCGUCUGUAGAAGAUUCAUUGGAAAAGGACGACCAAUCCUCUGAAGGUGACAAGAAAGAUAUUAACAAGAAACGAAGAAAGAAGAAGACAAGAACGGUGUUCUCACGAAGUCAAGUGUAUCAACUGGAGUCGACGUUUGAUAUAAAAAGGUAUCUUUCCUCAUCGGAACGAGCUGGCUUGGCCUCCCAACUUCACCUCACAGAAACGCAAGUUAAGAUAUGGUUUCAGAACCGGCGGAACAAAUGGAAGAGGCAACUUGCUGCCGAGAUGGAGGCAGCAAGUUUAGCUCAAGCGAGUCAUCAACGGAUGGUACGUGUUCCUAUUCUGUACAGAGAACAAAGUCGCCCCAGCGAACUAUCAACACAUGCUCCGUACUCAUUUUACCAUCCUUCAUAUCCAGGUUUAGCUCAGUAUCCACAGCACUAUUCACAAUUUCUUCCUCCUCAUCUAAGACCAUCGCCGAUGUCUUCUUUGCUUUAACGGGUCUAUUACUGGAAAGAAAGAACAAUAACGUAAACGCGAAAUGACUUCUUUCUCUUCACAUCGAAAUAAACGUACCGCAGACUAGAGUGGACAAAGCAAUACCUUGCUUACAGACACUUAAGAUUUUUUACUUCAAAAUCUAGGCAAUCUAAGUAUAAUACAAAAAUCAUUUGUUUGAUACCCAGUUUAAUAUCGUAACUCUAGAGCAUCCAACGGGGAUACCUUUGCUGAGAGCGGAAAGCACUUCAGCCGGAUAUAGUUGUCGUCACUAAGUAAGGAAAUUUCAUCAAAAAAUUCUAUUCCCCUCAUUCAAUCUGGUUUUCAUUGAGCGUUUCGAAACGAGAAAGCUUGAACUGAAGAGUCGUAGUUGUCAAGCACCAUGGAGUGUUUACAGUUGUUAUUUACACCUAUUUAUACAACACUAAAAGCGAUUAGGGCUAAGAGAUGAACCACUUUAGUUAUUGCACGGAAUAUUUAACGCAGAGUGGAGAUCGAAAGACAUCCAAUUUGCUUUGGAUCCGCAGCGAAUGAUGUAAAUUUUGUAUAUUAAAUAACAUAUUCGCAAAUUUGUUCGAAUUCGAAGGAUUCCAAUAACUAGUGUAAUUGCGGUGAAGAAGCGAAGUAGGGGCCAUUAACGACCCAACGAUCUUUUCGCUGAGAAGCAUUUGUAGUUGAUUAUUUCAAACUCUCAAGAACAAAAAAGGUUAAUGAAUUUAGAGUUUGUGGGUCCAGACUGUAAAAUACGUGCUAAAUUGUAGUCAAAUAUUUACAAUAAAAGAAAGAGUUUGUAAAUUGCA